AGUGGGCGAGGCGCAGUAUUAAAGACAUGCCUUGUUCCGCUUUCCUUCACUGCUCUCCCUCCUUCCUCACUCUCUCUUCCCUGACAUCAGAUCAGCACUAACAUCUUUCACUGUCAUCAUGUCUGCACUUCAGAAUGCCAUGGCCGCACUCAUUGGGGUCUUCCACCAACAUGCUGGUGACGACCAGCUCCUCAACAAGGCUGAGCUGAAGGGGCUCCUGGAUAAGGAGUUUAAAGGCAUGCUGGGGAAUGCAAAGGACCCAAAAAUCACAGAUGAGAUCUUCAAAGGCCUGGACCAAGAUGGCAGUGGAACCGUUGACUUCACAGAGUUUGUCACAAUGGUGGCCUGCCUUACUGCUGUUACCAAUGAGAUGAUUUGCAAAAAGCAGUGAAGAGAUGAGGACAUAUAGGAAGCACCUUUAAGAAAAAUAAAGCUUUUCAUUCUUUUGGA